GGGGCUCACAAUUUCUCAUCACUGUUUCUUGUUUUCCAAGUUUCCCUCAAAUCGACCCUACUCCGCCCUGACCUUCGCCGGUUUCAGGGUUGAGCUUUUCCAAUUUUGCCUUCUAAUACAAAUCCAUAUUCGAAUUAUUUCCGAUCUAGUUACACUUUCCAAUUCUUCUUCUAUUCCUACAAUUUGUCACUGAUUUUUUCAAUUCCGAUGGCAUUUCUAGGCUUGUAGAGCUUUCGUUAACGUUACAGCCCAUCCCUAACCCCAAUCUUUUCCUUUGCUUCUUGAUCAGCUUGUUACAAUUUGUUGUAAUGGCUAUCAGAUUCACUGUUACCUACUCAGGCUACAUCGCCGCGAGUGUCGCCUCCUCAGCAUCCUCUAAAUGUGCUGGAUCCCGAUUCCUCCACGAGUGCGCAUUCCGUACCCGGAUCUUCCAUCACCCACCGUCCCAAAAGCCUGACUCCAAUUACUCCGAUUUCCGCCGGGGUAAGCCCAGUCCUGGUCUUGUCGGAGCCUCUGUUCAGCCCAUGUCGUCGAAGUACUCGACGCUGGCAGAGGAAAUUUUUGGCCACAAUUCACGAUCGCCUCUGAUUACGGGGCUGAUUUCUUUGAUGAAGCAGUCAAUGGGGACAUCCAACGCGGGGGUUUUGGGGAUUUCACCGAUCAAGGCAUCGUCGGUCAUUCCGUUCUUGCAGGGCUCCAAGUGGCUUCCGUGCAACGAGCCCACCAGUACGGAGGUAGAUCGAGGUGGUACACGUAUCAGUAGCACCAAAAACAGCAGUAGCAAAGACUCGAUUGAAAGCAGAAGCAUCAACAGUAGAAAAGUUGUGGUUGAAAGCAGAAGCAGCAUCAGUAGCAAAGUUGAGGUUGAAAGCAGAAGCAGCAGCAACAAAGACGUGGUUAAAAACAGUGUUAAGAGUAGUAAAUGCUCGGAGGCGUUGGCGAUGGCCAACAGUAGCGGUGCUAGUGGUAGUUUAAAGGCUUUGCAACGGAGUAUUGGCACUAGCACUAGCUGGCUGUCCAAAUUGAUGCAGUUUUCGAUCAGCUCAGAUGAUGCUAAAGCCGCUUUCACGGCUUUCAGUGUCAGUAUAUUGUUUAAAUCUACCUUGGCAGAGCCAAGGUCCAUUCCUUCAACAUCCAUGUACCCGACACUUGACGUGGGCGAUCGUGUAAUGGCUGAAAAGGUAUCUUACAUUUUCAAGAAUCCUGAAAUCCUGGAUAUUGUGAUUUUCAAGGCACCUCCAAUUCUUCAAACAUUUUGUGGUUUUAGUUCUGGUGAUGUCUUCAUCAAGAGAGUUGUAGCUAAAGCUGGGGACUACUUAGAAGUUCGUGGUGGAAAACUGUUGGUGAAUGGUGUUCCUCAAGACGAGGAUUUCAUCUUGGAGCCACAUGACUAUGAAAUGGACACAGUGCUUGUACCUGAGGGCUGUGUGUUUGUGUUGGGAGACAACCGGAAUAACAGCUUCGACUCUCAUAACUGGGGUCCACUGCCUAUCGAAAACAUUGUCGGUAGAUCAGUUUUCCGAUACUGGCCUCCCACAAAAGUGUCCAGCAUUCUGUACGAUUCUUCCCUACAGAGGAAUGUUUUUGCAUUUUCUUGAGUUUUCCAACAAAAAUGGCUUCAUUUUUACUUCUUUUCUCCUUUUUUUUUUUUGGUAAUUAUUUCUACUUGAUUCGAAUCUUUUAUGAAUCAUUUUCCUAAUUUUCUUUGGCCUUAUCCCAGAAUAUGUGAAUAUAAAUUUUGUUUGGAAGCACAUAAUCCAGCAGUUGUUAUUGCUAAGAGCCUAAUCUUUUCUUCUUC